UAGACUUUAAAGAUUAUGAGAAUACAGAGACAAAUAUGAAGUGGAAAUUAUUAUUUAUAGCGAUAACAUAUAUCGCGUUAGCCCGUUCGGCUACGGGCCAGUCAUCAGUCGAAAGUGCUGUGAGUCGUCUUGUAUUGAGCAUUUCAAAUUGUGCGACCGUGGCAUGCCAGACCGCAAUACAGGAACAACUAAACCAGAUUGCUGCAUCUCAAAAUAUAUCUAUCGGAUUCCAAGAUUUGAACGAAUGCAAUCAGAUAAGCAGAGGCAACUGUUCCGAGUUUGCUGACUGCAUUAACACGCCUGGAUCCCAUGAAUGCGUUUGUAGAAGUGGCUUUGUGGAUGAAAGUCCAUCCCUGCCCGGCCGUGUGUGUACUGACAUCAACGAAUGUCAGAACGGGUCAGCGAACUGCCUUCCUACGUCAUCAAACGCAAUCUGCACCAACACCAACGGGUCCUUUACUUGCGCAUGCGCAGUGGGAUAUUCCGGUGACGGCGUGACGUCAUGCACCGACAUCAACGAGUGCGCUUUGGGAACCAGCAAAUGCUUUAAUGCGUCGGGAUGCGUGAACACUCCAGGCAGCUUCAGUUGUACCUGCCCACCCGGUUUUACCGGUGAUGGCUUCAACUGCCAAAACAUCGACGAGUGUUCAACCUCAAAUCCUUGCUUUGACGCCAAUGCUGAAUGCAUUGACGCGGAAGGCACAUUCAACUGCAGGUGCAAAACUGGCUUUACUGGGGAUGGCCUUACCUGUACCGACAUUAACGAAUGUAACAGCACCGUGUCUUUGUGCUCAGCUAAGGAGAUUUGUGUGAACACCCAAGGCAGUUACUUUUGCAGAUGCAAGCAAGGGUACGAGCUGUUCUUCUCGUUCGGUUGUUUUGACAUCAACGAAUGUAACCGGGGUACUGACACCUGUCCAACCACAUCUACCUGUAUUAACACCGAUGGAUCAUUCGAAUGUGCUUGCUCUGGCACCUGUAAUCCUGUGGACGAGUGCCUUACCAAUCCAUGCCAUUCAAAUGCGACGUGUACAGAUCAAACUGUCGGGUAUAAAUGCCAAUGUAAACCUGGUUUCGUCGGCACUGGCACUAGAUGCUUUGAUAUUGAUGAAUGCUCACCGCCGGCGAUUAACGACUGUCAUGCUAUGGCGAGCUGUACGAACCUUGUUGGAUCGUACGAGUGCGCAUGCGCGAGCGGUUAUCACGGCGACGGGACCAGCUGCUUUGAUGUGGAUGAGUGCACGGAUAAAGUGAGCGUUGGGUGCGACCCGAAUUCUGUUUGCAGGAACCUCCCAGGUUCAUUCUCUUGUUCCUGCCCAGUCGGUUAUACAGGCAACGGAAGCAUUUGCACAGACAUCGACGAUUGCGCUGGUAGUCCAUGUUUAAACGGGAGUAUGUGCGUGGACCAAGUUAACAACUAUACAUGUCAAUGCCUUCCCGGGUUCAGUGGCCGACACUGCGACAUUGGUAAGCGCAUGGAAAUUGACGAAUGCUCCAACACCUCUCCUUGUUUGAAACAAUGGGACCUGUGUGGAUAUGUUGGACGGUUACAAAUGCGUGUGUUUGGACAUGUUUACCGGGACCAACUGUGGGGACAGAGUCAAUAUGUGCGACUCAAAUCCUUGCUUGAACAACGGGUCUUGCGUGAACUUGAACACCACCUACAACUGCGUUUGCACCGAUGGGUUUACUGGAACAAACUGUUCGGAGGUAUCACCGUGUCCACCUGGCGUACCCCUGGUGUCUUGUUUCGCCGACCCUUGCCAGUUCCCAACGUGUCCUAACUUUCCCAACGCUACUUGCGUGUCCAACUCCUGCGGUGGUUGCAAUUACCACUUCGAGCACAACGGGAAACAGCUAAACACGUCUGAGUGCGGAGAUGGCUCAACACCUGUGUGUAGCCCUGCCUGCCACGACAAUGCAUCCUGUGUAGUUGGUUGCAACGGCACCAACAUCUGUCGUUGCAAAGUUGGAUACAAGGGCGAUGGUGUGAACAACUGUAC